AAGUUUAAAGCCGCUGUAAACACUAACUACAACAUCCGCUGUGAUUACAUCUGUCAUGUGCCAAACGCGGGAACAACUGCGCAUUUGAGUUCACUCCGUGACGCUGAAAGCAAGGUUUUUGAAAAUGCCUCCUAAACGUAAGAGAAAUGCUAAGCCAGGAACAAAUGCAGCAGCGAAGCGUAGCAAGCUUGAAGUUGAAUCAAUUGUCUUAGAUGCAAAUAUACCGGUGUUGUAUAUUGAACAUUGUCGUAGCUGAUCUGUGUUUCGUCGACGUGCUGUAGAAUUGCAUGAUAAUCUGCUACAACAUCUACAGAACACAUAUGGAUCUAAUGUGCAAUUGCAAUUGCAACUUAAUGCUGAUGGGCCGCCACGUCGUGGUGCAUUUGAGAUUGCAAUUGCUGCGCAGCCAAUUGAAAAUGUUGAAGAUCGGACGGAGAUCUGGACUGGUUUAAAACGCACUCCACGUGCUCAAAAGUUUCCUAGUAUUGAAACUUUAAUGAAGGACGUGCAGAAAGUACUAAGUUUGACAGAAACACAGGAUAAGAAAGUAACUGAAGUCUCUGAACCGAGCAGCACAAAAGUCAUUGAAGAGGUUAAGGUGGCUGCUAAAAAGCGCACAAGCGGGAAAAAUAAGUAAAUUUUAGAUUUUACUUUUCGUAGCAUGUAUGAAUGGUGUUGCAGUAAAUCCCAAAUGGGAACUCUUCACUAAGAAUGAUUUUUUGCUCAAAAGUAAAGCUUAAUUUAUAUUAUUUUUUCUCAUUUGUAGGCAAUGCUUAAUUGGUAUUAUGAAUAAAAUGGUAAAGGUUUUCGUUACGAAUAAUUUACUGUAUAAAUUCGAUUUAAAAUGUUUUUAUUUGACGCUUAUGACCGAUGUAGUUGUAAAACCAAUGAUGGAACACUAUAUUGCGAAAUGUUUUGUCUAAGAAUAUAAGAAUCUUAUUGUGGAAUUAUUAAGUUUGAAAAUAAAGAAUAUAAAUAGAAAUAU